AUGAGUUUAAGUGGCACGAACGGGAGAGUUCCUUGUGAUGAAGAAGUUGGGUUUCUUCCAUCUAAAAAUACCUCUGAUACCAAUGAAAGUAAUAAGGCUUCUAUGGACACUUAUCGUCUUCUUACGAGGGAAGAUCUGAUGCAACUCGAUUCUAAGGAACCUAUGUGGCGCCGUCUUCGAUGGGGUUUAUUUAUACUGUUUUGGAUUGUUUGGGUUGGAUUGUUGUUGGCUGCAAUUCUGAUAAUAGUUUUCACUCCAAAAUGUCCACCACGACCGAAUCUUCCAUUUUGGCGAUCAAGCAUUGGUUAUUGGGUAGACCCAUUCGCGUUUAGAGACUCGUCAGGUGAUAAAAUUGGUGACUUUAAAGGCUUGGUUGAUAGACUCGACUAUAUAAAAAAUACACUAGGGGCGGGUUUCGUUGUUCUGACGUCUAUGUUCUCUGGUUAUUACUCAAAUGAUGAGAAAAUAUUUGGUCUUGUGGAUGAUUUCUACACACCUGAUACUGCUGCUGGCAGUAUCGAAGAUUUUAGAUAUUUCGUCAAGUCGUGCCACAAGAGCGGUGUUUAUGUUGUUUUAACUAUGGACUUUAACAGUGUCUCCACAAAGCAUUCAUGGGCUAAAAAUGCGUCGCUGCUUGAACCAUAUAAAACUGGAAAGUUUUCACGUUUGGGUGAGGACGCUAAAACAACCAUAGGUGGCUCUGAUUACUAUUCUGUUUUCGGUGCAAAUGUUGUGGAUCUCAAUCUCAAGGAAUCAGGAGCACUAGAUAACGUGAUUGAUGUGACGAAGUUUUGGCUGAGCGAAGGGAUAGACGGUAUCCUUUUAGACAAUGUUGCUUUCUACGUUGAGAAUGCUGAGAACCCUAGUGAUUCACUUGUAACAUCGCAGGAAUCACAGUGGUUUAAGAGUUAUCCAACUUCCCAGAUAUAUACAAAUGAGUCAUUGGAAUUUGUCCAAAAAAUCAGAAAGGUUGUUGACGAAGUGUCGCAGUCAAGCGGGAAACCAAAAUUACUAGCGGUGGACGCUGGAAAUACCGGAUAUGGUGUUGGUGAGAUGGAAGAUACGGCUAUGAAGUUCUUAGGUACGGAAGAAUCACCUGGGGCGCAUGCGGUAGUGAGCCGUCAGUUUGUUAAUCAACGUGGAUGGAAAGCCACCCCUAGUAAGGCGGAACUGACAAACAACGACAUUGUUGCAUAUGACAAGCUGAAGGUAGAUGACCGACAUUCUAUGAUUUUGACAGCCGCUUCACCAAGUGACCCAAGAAAGAAUGAUGUAGUGUCGUUGGCAUCCACACUUUUGCUUCCAGGAACUUCACUGCUGUACUAUGGUUCUGAAUUAAAUAUUGAACUAAAGAGCACAGAUACCGUCUUUGAUUUUUAUCCGUUUGAUAAAAAAGCCAUAUUCCCUACUUCAAGUGACACUAACGUCCUCCUUUCUCACUUGGCGAUGCCAUGGGAUCAGUCUGGAAUAGGUUUUUCAGCUGAACUUUCUAACUCAACUUCGUUUACAACUUAUAUAAAGAAUUUUGGUAUCAGUGAAACAGUCGAGUCUGCGUCAGCAAGUGGUCGGGGAGUUACUCCAUUCAGCCUCGUCCAGAGUCUUAUAUCAGUUAGUAAAAAUGAAAGCAUGUUAUGGGGCGACUUCAAAUUAUUGAAACCUACUCCUACGACACAGGAUUUGAAGUUCCAAAUAUUCGAGCGCAAAGCUGAAGGCUUUCCGGCAUCCAUAGUUGUACUACGUAAAGAUGAAAGCACUGCUAGUGGAACUUUCAGUUUUUCUACUGUUUGCCCGCGUAUCAUUCCAAGGAUAAUAUAUCCACCGAAUGACAAGUUUAUAAUUGGCGAAGCGGUUGACAGUGAACGCGUCUACCUAAAGUCUAGUGGAGAGGCGAUAGUUUAUGUAUUUGACUGUGCAUAAAAUCUGCGUAUUAUCUAUAAUUGAUUAAUAGUAUCCCUAGUUAUUAGUUGUAGAGCUAAUGGGACGUGUAUCUUUAUGUUCAAAGCUGUAAUCUUUAACAAAAUUAAUGCUUAAGUUUACCAAUAUUUCCAACCAAUUGACAAAUAUACUUGUUUUUGGAUGGAAUUUUAUUUAUUUAUCUCAAUAACGAGUAUACCGUUUACGAGUAUUCCAAGUUGUUCAGGGAAGCUUGAUGCAUACAACAAAAUA